AUGGCUAUUAUAAUUCCGAGGAUAGGGUCAUAUCUUACACUAUUUACCCGCUCUUUGUGCAGCAAUUUUCGUAGAUGCUCUUCCGUCAGCAAUACAUAUCUACCUGCUCCAAGGACUCAGAUUUAUUCCCAUUUUGAACAAGUGUCUCAAAUGUCAUCAGUUAUUGGCAAAUUUAUAACCUAUUCUGAAAAUGAGUUUUCCCUUUUCAUAGAACCAUUUCUCAAAGUCGAGUUAGUAGAAGAACUUAAAACCUUUGGUGACCUGUCACUUUUGAUUCGGAAACCAACAAUUAACAUGAUUAAGGACGUAAUUAACAUUCGAGAUUUACAGAAAGAAAGUUUCAAAAAGGAACCUGACUCCUCUAAAUCCGUCGCACUAGCUAAAUACUGUGUUCCACGCUUUGUACUUUAUGGCCAACCGGGGACUGGUGUUUCAGUCAUUUUGGGACAAAUUAUGUGUUUCGCCGGUAGAGAAAAAUGGCUUAUAUUUCCGUUCACGAGUUGUGAAAAUUUUCUGGAACCAUCAAAUGACAUUGCUCCUAGCAAUGAGUAUCACUAUAACCAACAUCGUGAGAAUUUUGCGGGUGAUGCUUUUGAUUUCCCAGCUCGUUCUGCUGAAUGGCUUAAAGUCUUUUUACAACUUAACCGACCAUUGUUUGAAAAGUUAAAACCAGUUGUAUCUCGACAAGUAGAAUGGACCAAAAAAGACAUAAUGCCCGAAGGAACAUCCUGGGUAGAUUUAAUAAAUUUUGGCAUCGCCAGGACCAAAUACGCAACGGAUUGUAUUGGAAUUUUAUUAAGAGAGAUGCGUCUACUAUCAUCUACUCCUGAUGGCCCUCCUUGUUUAUUGGUCAUCGAUGGUGUAAAUUUCCUGUGGUGUCGCGGUACUUUAUUAAAGGAUAAAACUCUUUCGGUUAAUGUUACUACUGAUCGAUUGGCAAUUGUACAUCAUUUGAAACGUGCACUGAGGGGAGACUGGCGUCAUGGUGUCAUAGUUACCUCUACAAAUAUUCGGGCGGCUUGGCCUACAGAUAGGGAACAAUAUACUCCUGGUUAUCUAUUGGGGAAAUCCGGUUUUGAAUAUAUGGAUCCAUUCAUUCCUGUUCACGUUGAAAAUUACACCCCAACAGAAAUUAAUGCCUUAUUAAGAUUUUAUGCAGAGAAUAAUUGGCUUACAAAUCCCGCCGCUUUUACACCAAACGGACAAGCUGAAUUAAUAUUUUUGUCUGAUUACAAUCCUCUGGAACUUAGCCGUUUAGCUGCUGAAUGGUUUCAAAGCUCUUUUAUCCGAUUCAAUAAUUCAACUGAAUUUUCAAAAUCAGUAAUCAGAUGUCAAAAAUCUCAAAUGAAUUCUGAAUCAUUUCAGGAGUGUCGUAAACAAGCCAUUGAAAAACUUCACAAAUGGUUAAUUCAUAGUCAGCUUCCAUUGAAAUUUGCUGCAGCAGAUACAAAAGAUCCAAGUUGCAAUUACGAUUAUACUAGUUAUGAUCCGUCCACUUGGCUACCUUUGGUUCAUUACAAACAAACAACAUAUUCACAACUUGAUGAAAUGGCUAUUAACGCCUGUAAAGCACAAAAACAAUGGAUUGAUUUACCAUUACUAGAACGUGCCAAAAUUCUUAGAAAAGUUGGUGAUCUUGUUCGUGCUGAAACAAAUUGGCUUGCUGAAUUAGAGACACUAGAUACUGGAAAGCCACUGUGGGAAGCUCGUGCAGACAUUGAGGCCUGUGCAGAUUCAUUUGAGCUGUUCGCUGGUUUUAUCCCAAGUUUUGUUGGAACUCAUUCUCCUGUCCCACCAAAUCCUGGCAGUUUUUAUUAUACUAGAAGAGAACCAUUUGGACUUUGUGCCGGUAUUGGAGCUUGGAAUUUUCCUUUUCAAAUGGCUGUAUGGAAAUCCGUUCCUGCGUUGGCCGCUGGAAAUUCCUUUAUAUUUAAACCAUCUCCUUUAACUCCAUUGACAGCUAUUCGUUUACACGAAUUGUAUAAACUUGCUGGAUGUCCUGAAAAUCUUUACCAGGUUGUUCUAGGAGGUGUUGAAAUUGGUCAAGCAUUAGUAAAUCAUGCUUUAGUUAGAAAAGUAUCAUUUACAGGAAGUGUUGCAGGAGGUCGAUCUGUGCUUCAAUGCGCUGCUGAACGGAUUGUACCAAGUACACUUGAACUAGGCGGAAAAUCCCCAUUGAUUAUUAUGUCAGAUGCUAAUUUAGAUGAAGCUGUUAAAGGCACUUUGAUGGCUAAUUUUUAUACUCAAGGACAAGUAUGUUCUAAUGCUGCUCGUGUAUUUGUUCAUAGAUCUAUUGUGGCAUCAUUCACUCAAAAACUUAUUGAAUCAGUUAAGCAAAUUUUAGUCGGUGAUCCUUUCAAUCCAAAAGUCUCCAUGGGUGCUUUAAUUUCUCCUGAACAUCGGCAAAAGGUACAUAAUUAUAUAAAAUCAGCCAUUUCUGAAGGAGCCACCUUAUUGUAUGGUGGUGAAAAGCUAAAAUUUAAAGUCAGUAAUUUAAAUAGUGAUAAUUUUAUUACUCCAUGUAUCUUGACUAACUGUCAUGAUAACAUGAAAGUUGUGAAAGAAGAAAUAUUUGGUCCAGUUAUUACUUUAUUAGAGUUUGAUACAGAAGAAGAAGUUGUCCGACGUUCAAAUGAUAGUGAAUUCGGUCUUGCUGGAGGAGUGUUUACACAAAAUUUAGCGACUGCCCAUCGUAUAGCCUCACAACUACAAUGUGGUUCUAUAUACAUUAACAGUUACAAUGUUUACCCACCUGGUAUUCCAUUUGGAGGUUAUAAACUAUCUGGGUUCGGUCGAGAAAAUUCAGUUGACACUUUAAUGGCUUACAGUCAGUUGAAGUCAAUUUACGUAGAAGGUGGAUCACUUCCCUAUCCGUUCCCUGAAUGA